AUGAUCUCUGCCGGUGAUGCCGAGUUCCCGCGGGAUUUCCACACCCUGGCUGCCGGCGGCGGCCGAGGGGCGCGGCGCUUCCAGGACAACAGCAACGGGGGCUUCAUGUCAUCCUCACUGGACCGCCGGCACAACUCUGUGGCCGCUAAAAGCCUGGAGGCCCUGAACAGCAUCCACAAGGCGGACAUCGAGCGGCAGCGGGACGCCCUGAUGGACCUCCAGAAGAACAAGUACUCCAACAGUCCUGGCAGUAUGUCCCAGAGCUCCACCUCAGCUGGACGGCAGCAACAACCAAACUACUGGAGCUUCAAGACUCGGACGCCUCGUGUGACCCGGCUCAGCCCGACGCAGCCGGCUCUUGCUGACCAGGCCAACAGGGUUUCCUUCGCCUCGGCUGAAAACCUGGAGACCAUGUCGGAGCCGGACAUGCCCAUCGGCUUCAACCGGAUGAACCGGCUCCGCCAGAGCCUGCCGCUGGCCCGCUCGUCCAGCCAAGCCAAGCUCCGGGCACCAGGGAUCUUGUUCCUCCAGCUUGGGGAGGAGGUCCGCAGGGUUCACCUGACCCACGAGCUGACCAGCCUGGACACCCUGAGGGCGCUCAUCGUGCACAUGUUCCCCCAGAGGCUCACCAUGGCCAUGCUCAGAUCUCCCAGCACCGCUCUGCUGAUCAAAGAUGAGACCCGGAAUGUCUUCUACGAGCUGGAGGACCCGCGGGACGUCCAGGACCGCUGCGUCAUCAAGAUCUACUGCAAGGAGCCGGUCUACGGGACGUACCCGGGUCACCACAACCUGCACCUGGCCAACGGAGACCUGCGGAGGGAGCUGGUUCACGCGCAGCAGGACUCCCCCCCCGCCCGACGCCUCAGUAACCCCCCCAUGUCCUCCCAGCACUCGUCCUCCUCUGCGUCGCCUCCUCACGGCUCCCCGUCCCGAGCCCGCCUGCUCUACGGCGCCGGCAGGCCCUCCUCCUACGCCGGGCCGCCCCACCACACCCACUCCCUGCCCCACCCUCACGCCCAGCCCCACCACCCCUCCCCCCACCAGCAGCCGCAGCUCCAUCAGCCCCACCACGCCCCGCAGGCCUUCUGCACCUCCUCCAGCGCCAUCUUGGAGCGCCGGGACGUGAAGCCCGACGACGAGCUGGGCUGCUCCAGGAGCGUGGUGCUGCUGCGGGGGGACGACCGUGUGGGAGGGGGGAUCUAUGCAGACCCGUACGCUCUGGGCCCAGACCCAAAUCGCAUGAGCCUCGCAGGAGGUCCGCACUCUCCUCUGCCGGCCAGAGCCGACCCGUACGCCUCCCUUUACCGGCGGGGGGGAGGCGGGGGUCCUGGGUCGGUGCGGUCCCUCACCUCCUACUCUGCUGCUGCUCUACAAGGUGAGCUGCUGGAGAGCGGCGUCCUCUACAGACCCGGAGGACCGCUGUACAACGACGCCUACACUGCCUCCAUGUUGGCCAUGGGGCUGAGGGUGCCUCCCCCCUCCUCCCCCCAGAAGAUCCCCGACAUGAGGGAUUCCUACGGGGGAACCCUGCCCGCUCGGAGCUCCCCCGGGCGGCAGGGCCUGAGGCGGGACUCUGUGACCUCCUCUGUGUUUGGGGACAGCCCCAAGGCCCGAGGCCCGGGUCCAGGGUUGGGUCUCACUGCGGAGCAGCUCUGCCUGAUCGGAGGAGGGGACGGGGGAGGAGGCGGGGGCUUCGGGUCGCCUCUGCUUGGAAACGAGACGGAGACCAGGGAGCGAAUGGAGGCCAUGGAGAAGCAGAUCGCCAGCCUGACCGGGCUGCUGCAGAGAGUUCUGACCCGGGCGCCUGAACCAGAAAGCCCGGAGAAGAUGGAGUCGGCGAGCGACGGCUCAGGAACCGACCCUCUGACUCCAUCGGCUCCUCUGGCCCUGAUGCCUCCUCCCUCCUCCAGCUCCAACCAGCCCGUCACCGUGUCCCGCCUGCAGAUGCAGCUCCACCUGCAGAACCUGCAGCAGAACACCAACGCGCUGCGCAAACAGCUGUCGCAGCUGCGCAACAUUCAGCUGGAGAACCAGGACUCGGUUCUGUCCCUGCUGCGGCAGACGGAGUCGGAGCUGAGCCUCAUGAUGCUGGACGCCAUGCGGCCCCAGGAGGACCCGCUGCAGAGACAGCGCCUCCUGGUGGAGGAGGAGAGGCUCAAGUACCUGAACCAGGAGGAGCUGCUGAUUCAGCGGCUGCACGACCUGGAGAAGUCCGUGGAGGAGCUGCAGAGGAACUCGUCCAUCAACCACGGCCUGGUGACGGAGCAGGACGUGGAGCAGAAGAGCAAGGAGCUGAGGAUGCUGGGAGAUACGCUCACUGAGCUCAAAAACCAGUUCCCCAGCCUGCAGAGUAAGAUGAGGGUGGUGCUGAGGGUGGAGGUGGAGGCUGUCAAAUUCCUGAAGGAGGAGCCUCAUCGCCUGGAGGCUCUGCUGAAACGCUGCAACUCCAUGACUGAUGCUCUCAGCACGCUGCGCAGACAAGUCACCGAGGGCGUCUGGAAGACACCUGAGGACAUUUCCGUCCAGCCCCAGAAGCGAGCGGACCACCUGGACAUCCUGAGCAGUCCCCCCCUCGGCCUCGCAGACCUCGGCACCAGCGCCGGCCUCGCCAAAUGGAUGGUGGCGUCCUCCGAGGCCGACGCCUCGGGUCCGGAGCAGGACGUCCCGUCCUCCCUGACCUUCAGGAACCGGGUCCUGGACGAGCUGCCGAGCAGACGUCCUGCUGACAAAGCUGUGUCGGCCGAAGUCCGGCUGGCGGCCGAGCGGGACUGGGAGGAGAAACGGGCCAGUCUGACCCAGUUCAGCGCUCAGGACAUCAACCGUCUGCUGGAGGAGACCCAGGCCGAGCUCAUGAAGGCCAUACCGGACCUGGACUUCGCUGCCAAGCACAUAAACAAACCGGCGGUGCCGCCCAAGCCACACAUCACCGUCCCAAUAACCUCCACCACAGCCACCGGGCCCACAGCCGGGCCCACCGGAACCACCAGCACCGCCAGCGUGGACCAGCAGCCAGGGAAGGUGCAGAUGGCGGCCCAGAAACUGAACAGCCUGGAGGGGGGCGGCUCUCAUCGCGGGUCGGUGGACCUGGGCGUGGCCAAGUACAAAACUGAAAAACCCUCCAAGUCUCCGCCCCCUCCCCCGCCUCGCCGAAGCUUUCCGUCGGCACACGGCCUCACCACCAACCGGACCGGGGAGGUGAUCCUCACCACCAAGAACCAGAAGAUUGAAGACGAUGCUGAGAUGCCUAAAACUCUGGUGAAGCUGAGGCGGACCCCCUCGGACGCCCCCCGCCCCGCCUCCACGCCGCCCGUCAUCGCAGCUUCAGCCGUCAACGACGAAGACGAGGAGGAGAAGAUCAUCGCCGAGCUGGAGAACAGCAGCCUCUCUCCGGGUCCGACGAAGGGUCCGACCGUGGCGGCCCGACUCAAACACCUCCAGCAGGGGAGCCUGGAGAGACCCAAAGGGCGCCGGCAGAAAGAGGACUUCCCCAAAGUCCAGGGCCAGCAGCAGGUAUUCCACUUCUAAAAGCUGCUUCUCUUCCUGCUGUCGCUGCGAGGAAACCUCCACCUCCUCCUCCUCCCCAAGGACUCCGAGGCACAAACUGAUUCACCUCCUCUUCAUCUCUGCGUUACGCCUGGGGGGUACCAGAGUCCGGCUGAGUUUAGGACGUCCAGUUUUUGUUGGGUCUGGUGAUGAUUUCUGGUUCAGAUGCUUGUUCCUCUCUGUCUGUUCUUCUUGUUGCCUUCAAACUGCCGUGAUGCUGCGACGCCUCAUCCACAAACACAAAAACUACAAGUUGAAAAUUACCUGCAGACGGUUUAAAUAUAAAAAACAAACGAAGGUUCAGAUUUUAGAAAAAUAUAUAUAUUAACAGAACAUAAAACAUCCAUCGAAAUUCAUGCCAUCUAUCUAAUUUUUUUAAUUAAUAAACUUUAUUUUUCUAUUUAUAGAUAGGGUCAGACAUCC